ACGUCUCCUUACAGAUUUGGUCAAGCAUCAUCCUCUCAUUCGGCGGAUGACUACCAUUCAGGUUCAAAUGGAAAUUCUACUACAAAACUACACGCCUUUUGGCGUUUAUCCUAUAGGAAUAAUGUUAACUCCCAAGUCUUGACCAACAGUAGCCCAGCUCCCUCCCUCUAUAGGCCAUAAUUCUUUCCUACGGACUGUCAAAAAUGCCCAGCUAUAUAAUUAUUCUUCCUCACGUCUUCCUCCCUUCCCUUUUUUUCCACAUCCCUAUCCCCUCUGCUCACCUUGGAGGUUUUCAAUCAUAACUGCUUUGCUUGUUCGUCCGCAGAGUUUCUUCAAUCUCCAACUAUCUCUUCAAUCGUUAUCAUUUCAAGCCCCUGUAAACAUGGCGGUUGAACCCUUUCGUCCCAGACGGAGUGAAAACGCCCCCAGGUCCUCUUCCCCUCUCAUGGCCAUGAACGUGGACACAAUGUUCAAUCUCAUGCUGCACAUCAAAGACGUUCAGACGCUGUUCAAUCUGACUCUUGUUUCGCCAAACGCCAUGUUGGUUUUCCAAUUGUACACGCGCACCAUCAUCUCCGCCGUGCUGGACAAUUUCUACCAAAAAUUCCACACCAGGGAAGAUAAUAACAGACCUCCCGGCCAGCCCACCAUAAAGCAGAUAAUCCUCGCCGUCAUGGUGCAGCGCAACGAGGAGACUCUCAAAACAUUUCACGACGAGCACUACAUUGCCAACUUUUGUGCGCGCCAAUUUCCUCCCCAAAGCUCCGGCGGCGAAGGCUGGCUCCCAAGCCCGCUUCCCCACGCGAUCCAUCGCCUGCAGGACAUUGUCAAGAUCACCAGAGCCAUCCGUCACUAUGACCUGCGCCUCACACGCUCUCGGCCAUGGCUGCUGGCUGACCGAGAUAUGUCUACCGAUUUCGGUGCUACUACAGAUCCACUGCAGGCGCAACACGAUCGUCACCGAGCAUACUGGCUGUACCAGCUCUGCACGGAUUUGUGUUCGAAGCGCUACCGAAACAACGAGUUUCCCCUAUGGGCUCACAUCUUCGGCCACCACAGGGAACAGAUUCACUCCCGUCCCGGCGCACCACAAGAAAGGCUCUUUGAAAACAGUACAGCUGCAGAGACAAUGCAAGUCGACGGUGACCGACGAUUCGAAGAAUCAGUUAUUGAUUAUAUCACGCGGCUGCGGCAGUGUUUCCGGCCCAUAAGCCCUGUAGACAAGUUCUUGACAAUGCUCACUACCGAGGACGCCCAUCGCGUGCUCUCCAUCUUUAUGCAAUUAACAAACUUACUCACCUGGAACAUGGAGGCUGACGAUUACUCUAUGCUUCUCUAUAGAGAAACGCUGAUAAUGAAGUUAGAGCGAAGAGACCAGCUCCGCCGCACCGCUUCAGAAGCCCUUCUGCAAGCUUUCCCUGCUACUACUAACGACCCACUAGCUAAUCCGCAGCUCCCGCAGACUUUGGCGCGCGAUCUAGAGGCCUUCAUCGACAGGUACCGCGUGAGCCUGGCCACGAUUGAAAUUCGCAACGCCAUGGAUAUGGGCGCCUUGCCCACCUUUAACGAAGCCUACAUACGCUUUCUAAAAGUCACGUGUGGUAAUGUCGUCCUCCCAAUCUUGCGUGAUAGACGGUACCAGCAGCUCUUGUAUCAUGGCGAUUCACAACUGCGCUCAAGAAAGGAGGCUGAAUGCCCCGUAUGUCAUUAUUUUGUGAAUAAGUUCUGCCACUGCGUCAGAGAACAUUUGGCGGAUGGUCAGCGGUAGCAUUGUCAAACUCAAUGGCGAAGGCGUGGGGAAGGCGGACCCGGAGCGAAAGACAGUGUCGUGUAUAGAUGAGGAACGACAUGGAUAGAAAAUAUACCCUUUUGAUUUUUUUUUGUAUAAAAUAUUUACACAAGUCGGGCUAUUGUAGGAAAUUAGGAAUACAGAAGGUUUUUUAGAACCAUUAUCGACUCAUCGUCACCG